GCUCAAAGAGGCUCAUUCUGUGUGGCGUAAUCGUCGACCUUUUCUGAGAUGCAGCUAGGGGAUAUAAAUAGGGCCAUUUCGCAAGAAACCCACGAUGUCGACGCUCACGUCGACGCAAAUGAACGUAAAGCGCAGCUCGACGCGCGUGCACGGCCCACCCGGCGGCGCGUCCCAGCUCACCUUUGGCCCGGGUGGCUUCGGCACGAAUGCGCCGGCCCCCGAGCCCGACGCAGAGAACCGAGACGCCGUGCAGCGGACGGAAUUUAUUCCGCAAAAACCGGGUCUCCGUACACCGUACCAACAAGGCACGAGCAACAACCAGCAACAGUACUCGAACCAGCACCAAGCACCUCCACCCACCGCGCUGGCGCCACCGCAAACCGGCUAUGGACGCCCGCCGCCGACGGGGUAUGCACCACCAUCCACAGGCUACGCACCGCCCCAGACAGCCGGUGGUUACGGGGGCUACAAGCCACCGGCGACGGGAUACUCCCAGCAAGGUCAAGAGCGUCCGCAAACCAUGGGAUGGGGCCGAGGAGCGAGUCCGCGGACACAGCCUCCGCUGACGUCGUCGAAGCGCGAUCAAAACUGGGAGAAGAAGCGACGGCAAUGGCUUGCGCGCAAGACGGGCGGCUCGGGCAACUACACGAGCCAUUCGUCGUCCGCAUCGUCGUUUGCUCCACCGAUGACGGCUGGCGGCAACAACCAUUCGUAUGGGAACCCACCGUCCCCGCUCUCCAAGCUUAUGAACAACGUGAGCGUGGGCGGUCCCGAGUCCAACCGUGGACAGUCGUUUCCUCCGCCGCAACAAUUUCGGGCACCACCAUCGCAGCAACAACAAUACCAAGCACCACCGCAGCAACAGCGGUACCAGCAACCGCCACCGACGGCGUAUGCGCCACCGAAUCUAGGACCACCGUCGCACGCGUACGGUGGCCCCCCUCCAACGGGCUACAGUCGCGGUGGCCCGCCGCCAACCGCUGCAAGCAACUACUCGUACCAAGAUCACUCGGGCUACCCACCGAGUAGCAACGGUCCCAAGCAAGGCAAUAGUGUGUUUCAGCAAACAGGCGCGGCGCAGUUUGGACAGCCGCAGCAGUUCCAGCGCAUGCCGACGUCUGGUUCGAUGCCGCCGACGGCGUCGUCGUCGCGGUCGACGCGCCAAGCCCCCGGCGGCACGUCCAACUGGUCGCCAUACGGCUAGUCGCACCACAAUGACACGACCACACUACGAUAUACAUCUUGAUUUCAUCCUAUACUCUUAUUAGUGCGACUCCAUUCCGCGCUUUAUACUAAAUACUACGUUGUCGUUUGAUAUACCAA